UUGAAAAAUAAGGGAAGAAACGGUUGUCUUCCUCGACUCAUUUAGUGAGCCCUCGAUUUGAAAAAAAGGAAGAACUCUGAACUUUUCUGCCUCCGGACUUCCCCAUAUUCCUCCUCUAGUCUUCACAACAAGUUUUCUUAUUCCCCUCUUGUUUACCUUCAAAUACUGAAGGAUUCGGAGGAGGUGGACCUUCCGUGGGGUCGGAGGUCAAAGGUCGAUUAUUCAAGUUUUCCGGCAAUGCUCGGUGGCUGGCGGUGGGGUCGGCUGACCCCACCUGGGUCCGUCAGUGAUUAUAGUCCGAGUAGAAUGGAGAGUCAAGCCGCACCGAGAAGCCUCUCGCUAAACCUCCGCCGCCGUUCCUCUCAACAGCCACCGCGUCUUCAGGCCAGAAUCGGUCCACCCACCCAGAGCUCAAAUGCAUUUCCACUUCUCCCCCCCCCCCCCCGCUUAGUCAGGAGGUGGAUUUUCCAGGAUAUUUGCAUCUCUACUUCUGACCAAAUAGGUGGUAGCAUUUACUCAUCUGGCCUUGUUAGCAUUGGAAUUGGUGCUAUGCCCCAGACACUGGAAAUUGGCUCUGACGAUAUAGAACCUGUUGGAUCCCAGAUUCCCAUACAAGCUACUGAUGGAACCUUCCAGUUACGCAAAAGAACCUGGAAAUGCUGCACAUCCUGGGACAAAAGCCACUUAUAACCUUUGGUGAUGCAUUAGAUAUGUACCAUACCAUCUCAGAGAAGGAGUUGAGGAGCUAACUUCUAAAGGGGUUAUUAGAGUAGACUUCAUUUUUCUCAAGGGUUGAUCUGCAAACUUAGUUGUUGCUUACUAACUUCUGGAGUCCUAGGUUUCCCAUGCUUCAAAUAAGUGAUAACAGUGUUCUUUGUUGUCCGAUUUCUUGAGCUAAGGAGAGAGAACUAUUCCGGUUUUGAAAAAUUAAUUGAAAAAGUCAUAGGGCCGAUCGACUGAACGAGAGCUUUAUGAGUUGCAAUCUUGUUGAUAUUGGUGCAUAAAAAUGAUUUAGGCAAUAGGAAUAAAAGCCUCAUAUCCAAAUUAUCACAUGCCUGACCUUGCAUAAACCCCUAGUGAGCCAGUUUGAGCCCAAAAGCCUAAUUUCUUUGUUGAAAAUUUUGAAGUCACUAUAUCAGCUUACCUAUUAUAUCCAUUUGUUGGCCUAUAUUUUCUUCCCUAGUCACCAAAAUUAAAGUACUAGCACAUCCUUGGGAGGGUAUUAUGGUGGUAACAUAAAGAUGGAAGUUUUGGACCAUUCAUUAGGUGGUAUUCAUUUGUACUGAGAUACAAAGUGAGUGAAAAGCUGUCACUUCAAACGAAAAUAGAAUAAAAAGGCAGCCUUUCAUGUGUAAAAAAAGCCAAGGCUAGGAAAAAAAAGAAAAAAGGCAGCCUUUCAUGAGUAAAAAAAAAGCCAAGGCUAGAAAAAAAAUAUAUAAAAAGGCAGCCUUUCAUGUGUAAAAAAAAGCCAAGGCUAGAAAAAAAUAAAUAAAAAGGUAGCCUUUCUUGAGUAAAAAAAAU